AUGGAGUCGCCAGGAGCCAUCUGGCCGCCCCGAUGUCCAGAUGCAGUCUUCUCCGAGGCGAGCGUAGCCGCCCUCUGUCCAGCUCCGAACACCCCAAAACGUAUCAAGAGCGAGAAGAUGCACGACCGGCCCAGCCCACCCUCCGUUGACAAGGCUUCGAGGAAGGUUCGCAUGAGGGGAAUCAAGGCAGAGCCCAGUGCAGAGCCGGAGGAGGACGACCCGGAGGAGGAGGACAUGCUGGAUCAGCUGGCACUCCAGCACAUGGUGCAGGAUGCCGCGAAGACCGUGGGACGCCGCCUUCCCGCAAGGACGCUCAGCAAGGCCGACAAGAGGAAGGCUCGCGAGGCUCAGGACAGGUCUCGGGGCUUGGCCAUGUGCCAACAGGGUCAGCUCGCUUACAACUCCAAGUUUCAGGCCGCCCAUGCAAAGCAUAAGGUCCCGAACUCGGCCGGACAUUGGCAGGAAUUUUGUCUCGCACUGGGCCGGGAUUCUAUCCUGAAAUGCCCGGCUUGCCGAGCUCUGCGGAACGGCCUGACGGAAGGCCUCAUCGAAUCGGCACAGCAGCGGCAUCGGCAGCAACAGCAGCAGCCAGUACAGGACCAGCCGGAGGGCAGCCAGCCGGUUGAGCAGGAGCACCGGCCCGUGCAAGAUCAGCCAGCAGAGGAUCCUGUGCCCCUUGUCUCCAGUGGCAGAGGGCGUCCGCCGAGCGGUGCGCAGAAGCCCACACUCGCGAGGUGGGUGGAGCAGGAGCGACCAGGGGUAUACUUGCCUCUGGCGGGUGGCCAACGGUGGUACUGCACGAAGUGUGAGCGCGAGGUGAACGCCUAUGCGCUUUGCAUGUCUGCGAAGCGGCACCUGCUGAAACACGAGCAGACCUAUGCCAAGAACCACCGCACGAUUGACAAGCCGGCCACGAGCUGUGUUGGCGUCGGUCUGGGCACAGGUGUGGUUCCUAGCUUGGACCAGGUGGCGGAGUCCGUGUUGCAAUGGGUGGAGCACGGAUGCCUGCGGACGAAGAUCGCAAAGGAUCCUGCAGCCACAUGCCAAUGGGCCUGGCAGGAUGACAUCCUCUUCCUCCGGCACACGGAGUGCUCCGGACGAGGUUCAAUGGAGGAGCCCUGCUCCGUUUGCCGAGAGCUAGCCAAGCGGAGCGAUCUGAGGAUCUUGAUCUGCACCUGGGCAAGCAAGCUAUCGCUGAUGGACUAUGCCAAGGUCCUAGCCUGCGGGACAGACCUGGACAUCGCCCAGAAACGUGAUGAACUGGUCGACAGGGAUUUUUGCAGCAUCGACGCCAUCCGAAAGGACUUCGAGGGACUGCUGUCCGAGCUUCCGGUUUCUCAGCUGCACCAGAUCCGCCAGAGGUUCGAAUGCAUCCGCAGGCAGAUCCGCACGGAGAGGCUCCACAGUUGGAUCACGGUCAAUCUGAAAACCCUCCCGAUGCCCGACGAGGUUGGCAAGGAAGAGAGGCACGUGUACCAACAUCUUUGCAAUGGCUUCGCGAAGAGUUUGGCAGAGGGCCGUAUGGCCAAAGAGGACAUGCAGCUCGCGGCAAAAGUGGCCAGCGGCCAACUCUCUGGCAAGGUGGCCGUUCGGUAUUUGCUGCAAAGCUUCCUGGAGAUGCAAUCGAAGCUGGAUCGCGGUUUAGUUCGAGUCAGGAAAACUGCAAGCAACGAGACGGCACAGGAGCUCGUUUGGAUGCUGGGAUGCGGAACUGGGGUAGCUGAGCUGCUGGACAAGUUCGGGGUGAAACUGCCGUCAGAGCCAAUGCUGCGGUACGACUCUGAGCUCAUACCGAAGCCCCUGCUGGCGUUUUGCAACAAGGCUCAGCUCUCGGACAACAUCCGUGUGGCCACCUCUUUGCUCCGGUGCAAGGGCACGAGGAGUGCCUUCAUUGCCUUGGACGAAAGCUACUGGCGGCCUACGUGGGAACAGGUAGUCGGCCUGGUGCACACGGACGAGCAGCAGGUUGCCGUUCUAGGCGGCGGCUACCACCCCGAUCCCGACAAGAACUUCAGCUUGGUUCUCGGAAACAACUUGAGAGGCCUGCCCUCGGCUAAACUGGCCAGGAUGAGUGUGCAUGCAGUCAUGGCUCGAACCGAUGAUCGUCGGCACACGUGGGACGUGUGCAUGGUGCCCUUGCUGCCGGCAGCAGAGCAGGGAGACUUCAGCAAGGCCGAGUUCUUUGUGGAGAUACUGGGCCACUGCAUGCAGGCCUACGUGGACACAAACAACCUCCCCUGCAUGGGCUACGCCUUGGAUGCUGGCACAUCCAACAAUGUGGCUCGAAGACUAGCGCUUGGCCUCCAAAGCUUGGAGCCUUUCGAAGACCUCCCCUUCUGGAAGCAUUGCUGCCACAAGAAUGCAGGUCUCGGUCGCUACAUGCCCAUCUCCGUCCUCCACCACAAGCCCUCGUCGACGGUCAUCUUGGCAUCCGUCGACAACCUGCAUCUCUUGAAGCGGCUGGGAGCACACCAUGUCUCGGGCACCCGGAGCAUCCAGUACGGCGCUGCCGUGUGCGAUCUGAGCCUCGCCUUGGGCGCUGGGCUCCCGCCGAAAGCCUACACCAUGCACGAUGCCAUGAGCGACAAGGAGGAGGCACAGAGGACCAAUCCGGCGUGCUUGCGGUCAGCCUGGUGCAGCUUUGGCCACCACGGCUACACAUUGGUGUCCAGCCUCGUCGCGCUGGCAGGCGAGGCCGGCGAUCUGUUGACCUCGAAGGAGCGCCUAGGAGCAGCGGCGACAUGCUAUUUCUUCCUACUGAUGAACCAUAUGGUGGUGAAGCAGCAGCAUGCCGAGAAUGCCGAGAAGUACAGCCUUCCGAGGACGACCCUCCGCAACACCUUGCACGGCUUGUUGUUGUCAAUCCUCGGUUGCAUGCACCCAGGCGAGGUCGGCAGAGACUCCUUUUCUGCACGAUGCUUUCAGGAGGCAGUUGCCGAGCACCACUUCGGCCGUGCCAAGAGUCCGUAUCGAGGAACACCAAGCUUUGGCCAAGGCCUGUGGGGUGUCCACAGAUGUCAUGUGGAGCAGCUCCGAGCGAAAUGGACCGCUCCCGAGACAGGAUGCAGCCCCGUGCCCAGCACCGAAGUCACCAAAGUCCUUGAUGACAGCAUGGAAGACGCAGCUUGGACGCUCGCUUUUAUGUCCCUGGGACGCACAGCCUCAGUCAUCCUGGCAGAUUUCCGGGCAUGGUGGCCCGGUUACGGCAAGGCAUUGGUCACACAAGGUCUGGAGGAAAUCGAUGACGAUGAUGAUGGUGUCGACGCCGAGGGCAUGAUCUUUGAGGAGGAGGCCGGGGAGCAGCCUGCAGAUGACGAGGACCUGAGGCUCGUCGAAUCCUUGGAAGACCACGUGCUCAACAAGCAACAGAUAGCCCAGCUGUUGGAUACGCCGCCCGUGCCGGAGGAGGCCGCAGCAGCUGCAAGUGCAGUCGUGAUGCCAUCGCAGCAAGCCGAGACGACCGAGCAGACGGAGGAGGCCGAGACAGCCUCAAAGCAUCUGAAAGCUGCAUUGGUUCUCGCCACAGAUGCUUCCGGUGCUACCUCGACCCGACCGAGGACGUGGCAUGAUCUGCUCCAGCGCAUGCGGACCCUCAAAGAUUUCGACCUUUCCAAGCCAGGCUCCGAGCUGCUGGGCGCCUGUCUUCAGAGGCAGCUCCUGAUGACGCCUCGCAUACGUGCACUUGCAGCUUCCACACAUCAUGCUCGUGGAAUCCUGAGCACUGCCAUGCUCAGCGGCAAAGAAGCCGUCUGCGACUCCGACUAUCACAAGCUAGUGCACGAGUUAGCCUUGGCCAGGUCUGCUGGCUUCUCCGACGGGAAACGAAUGAGCAGGGCCAACGGCUGGAAGACUGUCCAAGAGAAGUGCCAAGCUGUUGCCAUGAAUGCGGCGGCCAGUCCCUGGUUCGUCCACACGGUCACUCACGUUCGUCCGCUCACAGAUGUGGAGAAACCCCAGAUCGUGCUCUACAGUUACAGGCAAGGCCCAGAGGUCCACCUCGGCGUGGUCACAACCGUCUUCCGUGGAGCCGUGAUGAAAAGCUCUUCCUCCAGCAGAAGGCUCCGGACGACAAAGCCAUCCACACAGCCGCUCACAGUCUCCAGCUGCGCAGUAGCCAGAGUUUGGAGGUGCGGUCCUACGGGCACGACCGGGAGGCAGUUUGCGGUGCAUGCAGCUUCAGUCAUCGAUCUCCUGGACCCUAUCGGCACCGUCAUCGGUCAGAUUGUUCCGGCAACCAUCUGCUUCACAGGCCCAGAGGAGUGUGCCAUCAUGGUCUUGCGGUUCAACCAGGAUCAGAUGGAGUCGAUCCAGAAAGUGGUCGACAGCGAGGAGGCUUACCAGGAGGCCGCGGCUGCAGCGCCGCACAGUGUCCCUGAACCUGAGGCGGACACCGUUCUCAAUCACCGCAGCUUCGCUCACACGAUGCAGGGCACCACGAACCUCGUGACAUUCAUGGAAAAGCUUCCAGGAUUGUGGAGUGCCCGGGGCUUCCAGAUCUUGAAUGACAAAGGCGGCUUCGACCUGGGCGACGGCCAGGUUGUUUUGUGGACCGAGCUGGUCCAACAGACUCCGGACUUCUUCGAGUGCACGUGCUCUCAUGUCAAGAAGGACGAUUAUGGCAAGCUUAUCGUUCGCAAACUUUGCGAUGCUCAUCCCGAUCAGGGUUCGAAAGGCCUCAAGACAUUGAGGGACUGGAUGCGGGAGGUGAGAAAACUCGCACAGCCAGUGCUGGGGGCUCAGCUACACAUGCCUUGA